AUGAUGCAAGUAAUGCCCAUACUGGUGGCGGACAAGGGGGCGCUUGGAAAGGGGCCGGACGCAGAGCUGAGGGCUAUGAGAGUGCGUGCUUUCCGGUUGUACGCCACGUUCUACAAGGCCUUUCUUGGCGUGGAUGGUCACAAGAGGGCGUCGCUCGCAAACGCAAGGGAGCUCGCCUACAAGCUGGUCGACCUUCUCCCACGAGCAUACCCCGAUCAGAAGUCGGGAUGGCGGUUCCCUAAGGUGCACAUGAUCAAGCACCUGCUGGAGAAUGUGAUUCUCAGGGGCAUGCCGCACCACUACAACACGGAGCUGUGGGAGCAUACCCACAAGGGCACAGUCAAGGUGCCAGUGCGAGGCGGCAACUGGAAAGACAUCCCCCAGAGGAUAGUCGAGGAGGAGGUGCAACGGGAGAUUUGCCGCGAGGUGGCGGCUAAUGCAGGCGGUGGGUGGCAGUACACCACCGCUCUCAGAGAGGUAGGUGUCAGAAUCAACAAGAGUGAUUAA